AUGUCGUCGUCGUCUUUGGUAGUGGAGAUUGAAAGUUUGGAAAGUUUGGAAAUUUUGGAAAAUUUGGAAAAAUUGUUUGAAAUGACACUGCGAGGAAAAUGGGAAGAAGUAGUGAAAAUAUAUGAGAACGAUCCAAGCACUCACAAAGCGAGAAUCACACAGACGGGCAGGACAGCUUUGCAUGCGGCAGUGAUACAAAACGAAAAAGAGAUUGUUUCAAAACUUGUAAAAGUGAUAAUGAAAGAAGACAGAGAAGCACUUGGAGUUCAAAAUGACGCAGGCUAUACAGCUCUUCAUCAUGCAGCAUCUGUGGGGAGCGUAGGUAUGUGUAAGUGCAUUGCCAAGGAUUAUCCACAGCUGAUCGGCGUCAAAACCAAUAGGUCUAAGACUCCUCUAUACAUUGCAGUUCUAAAUGGAAAGAAGGAUGCUUUCUCGUACCUUCAUUCCCUAUGCUUAUCUUCCGAGUCUAUGGCUAGUUGCUAUUCUUAUGCCAAGAGAGACCGAGAUGGUACAACUAUCCUGCAUGCUGCAAUCCGUAGGGAGCACUUUGAUUUGGGAUACCUUAUAAUUCACAUGUACGAGGAUCUUGUUAAUUCCGUGAAUAACAAGGGAUUAACUCCGAUCCAUUUUUUGGCCUCUCACUCAUCUGCCUUCAAAAGUGGUAGUAAGCUUGGAUUAUGGAAGGGACUCAUCUAUAAAUGUAUAGUUGUGGAUGAGCUCAAGCUUGAUCCUUCAAAUCCCCACUCUGAUGAUAGAAAGAAUGGCGUUCAAAACUAUAAGUAA